AUGGAUAUUCGAUCUGGAAUAGUCUCUUGGCCUUAUGCCUGCCCUGGCGGUUUGAUCAAGAAGCUGCAAUCCCAACACAGGCGAGAUGUUCGAAAAAUCAAAUCUCUCGAUACCUGCUAUACGAAAAACGGUAGCUGGGGCAAGUAUGCAUGUGCUAGCGACUUGGGCAUCGUGCACAAGUUUAUCAGGACUAUAGACGCGCUUGAGGAGCUCAGUAUCAGAACCCUCGAGGAAGAUGUAUCCGGCCUUUGGCCAGUCAUUUUCCGGCAAGCGGGUUCCUUAACGCCGUAUCGCGAUUGCAAUUUCGUCGCCGUGACACCGGAGACAGUGAGCGAGAUUGCGUCUAGGCUUCCUCAUCUGGCCCAUUUGGGGAUAGACGUCUCAUUGCAGGAUGCAGAAGCUGCACUGAAAGAGGUGGUUAAGCCCCCGGGGCAACCACAAGAAGAGUCCUCUAUCGAUGAGCUUGUGAAGAUGAGCAGCCUUAGAGAAGUCGAACUGUUCAUCAAACUCCCGAUGGAGCCAUCUUCUUUUUGUGGACGAAACACAUUCAGCUCCGUCGGCACCACGUCAAACCCAUCAAUCAAGCCCAAAGUCAGUCUUCGCCUAGCUGAAGGUGUUUUCAACAAGUUUCGCACACACGAUGCCCAAUCUUCACUUGAGAGAGUGAGCAUUCACUUUCUUCGCAACUCCUAUGAAGAUCGUGGCCAAUACAGUGCACUACACUCAACAGUCUCUGUGGCAAUGAACGAAACAGGGGUUGAGAAACAAGUAGAUCGAAGCUGGCAGUCGGAUCCUGCGGAGAUGUCCAUUGAGCUUUGGAAGGAAAUUAGGCAGGCGGAUUCUGAAUUCGCGGGAUGA